UAAGAUUUAAAGCCACUCGCAGAGCCAUGGAGCAAGAGCAAAUAGAUGACCUCGUCAGAAGAUGUCAGGAGGCCAAGACGCACGCUUACAACCCUUACAGCAAUUUCCGUGUCGGGGCGGCUCUUCUUUGCCAAGAUGGAACAGUAUAUACAGGAUGCAACGUGGAGAACGUCUCCUACGGCCUUACAAUCUGCGCCGAGAGGACCGCCCUGGUCAAGGCCGUGUCUGAAGGUCACCGGGAGUUCAAGGCCAUAGCCAUAGCGAGUGAUCUUGCCAACGAAACUAUAUCACCCUGCGGUGCGUGUAGACAGUUCCUUGUCGAGUUCGGCGUAAGCUGGGACGUAAUUAUGACGAAACCGGAUAUGACGUAUAAAACAAUGAAAACCGGAGAGUUACUUCCCCUAUGUUUUGUCCCGGAAUCUCUUCAAGAAGAGAAAGUCAGCAAGGUGUAACUUACAGAGGAGUUACUUCACAAUGCUGUUCAGUAAAACUACCGACACGCAUAUUAAGUGAUGAUUACGUCAUUUGUUAAAAAUGUAGACAUGUCGAAAACAAUGGUUCUUAUGUAGGAUGACGUGUGUAAUUUGAAAAAAGGUGCAGAAAAAAACGUUAUUUCUACAUUGUGAGACUAAAUAAGAUCAUAGUUAAUCUUUAAGCACUCACCAAUCAUUUAAUAUUUGUGCGUUUUCAGCUAUUAAAUACACGGUUACAAUAUUGCUUUCAGUAAUUAUUAGUUUCUAUAAAUGCACUGUUUUGUAAGCAGUUAAAGAUUUAUCAUUUAAAAAUGAUGUUUGUUAAACAUGUUUAUGUAUUGAUUUUGAAUAAGAGUGUCACUAUAAGGUAGACCAAAUAUUGUUCCGCUUACUUUAAUUUCGUUUGUUUAUGCUGAUCUAUGAUUUGUGGAAGAAAGUUGAGUGCAGUUGAAUGCAGUACCACUAAAAAAUAAAUGAAAGUUUAUAAAAAAAGAUGUUGUAGUUUUUGUGUGGCAAUUUUUCGAGUCGCGUGUGUCUUUAUUCUGACAGUUAAAUGAACAAUGGUGAAUAUUUAGAUACUCAAGUUCUAGAAACGACCCCAUGUUUGAGGCAAUGUGUACAAAUUGUGAUUUUUUUUUUCAAUACAUGUAAAUGCGUAUAUAAUAUUGACAAAAAAAUAGCAAACUUUCUCAACAAAAAACUUCCCGGAAAUAAUCGACAAGCAUACGGAUUCGAACUAUUUCAUUGAUACAAGUCUGGUGAAGUAAAUAUGGUUAAGAAAUAUCAUCCGACCCAUAAUGCAACAUAUACUACAAGACAUUAAGUCUGUAGAAUUGUAUUUUCUUAUUUACAGUCUUAUUUAUUUUCUUUAUUUUUUUCCGUUUUGUUUUAUUAUUACAUUUGCAAAGAAUGCUAUAUGUGUAUUGUGUCAUCGUUCAGACUUUCCAUAUAAGAUUAAUAAAGUUUUGGACACACGUAAACAACA